AUGUCACAAUCUUCUCUGUCUUCUCAGCCGGAGCGACUGCCAGAAACUGAUCUCUCUCCUCAUCAAGAGGCCAUGGUAGAAGCAUGCAAGGCUGGUCGACUCACUGAUCUGCAGAAACUCUUCGAAGAGCAUGAUAUCAAGGGCGACGACGACCCUGUAACAAUGGAGAGUUUCACACAACAAGGCGCCUCGAAAACCACUCGGCUUUUUGUUGCGGCCAUCUCGCACAAUCAGCAGUCCAUUGUUCAGUACCUGUAUUCGGUUUACCCCGAGUUCAACUUUUGCACCUUUUCAAUCGUCGAGGCGCUCACCAAAAAUGCGGAUAUCGAAAUGUACAAAUUGAUCUGCUCAUACAACCCCAGGGUUGUCCGCUAUAGGGCCGAUGACCACCAAACAUCGGCCUUGAGUAUGGCUUGCGAAGGCGGUCCACAAAACGCGCCGCUAAUACAUUUCCUUUUGGAUAACGGUGCAACAACCGGCGGCUUCGGAAGCUACACGUGGCGCUUUGGAGGGGAGCUAUUGCCGGCCGUCCAGAACAAACAACCUGUUGAAAUUAUUGAAAGACUAGUUCCGACGACAACCCAUCUAGGCUUUCCCAUUAUCUCAGCAACCCAGAGAGAGUGCGCCGAUGUACUCAAGGUUCUCCUAGACGCACACUAUACCAGAGGAGAAAACCCCUCAGACUUGUCGUUCGCGCAAUCCCUGCUUGAGGACGCCAAGAAGACCGAAGACAAGAAAGUGAUUGCUGUAGCGGAACGCUAUGUCCGCAAAUGGGAGAAGCGAGCGACGAAAAUCACUACAAGCAACCUUCACUCGAAGACUACGGAGCCAAGCAAGUGGUGGCGGCGUGGCUCGCCGACAAACAACAAAGAACGGUCUGGACCUGAACAUUCCGUUUCCUCAAAACCUGCAAGGUCUUGGUGGCCCAUAUCUUGGUGGCCCAUAUCUAUCUUCCGAGACAAACCGAAGCCUGCUGGUACCCAUCAGGAGGAGAAGGAUCUCCAAGAUUCAAGCUCUGGCGAAAACCUCUGA